AUGGCUCAAAUUCUUUCAAGCGCAGAAGAGAAUACUCUUGUACGAUGGAUUUCACGACUUACCAUUACUGGAUUUCCUGCUACACCUAUGUUGGUGAAGGGAAUGGCCGACGAAAUUCGCAUUCGACGCGUUCAAGUCGCGUCCUCACCAAACCCUACCUUGAUAAUGGUGAAGGUGUUCCUUAGGAAAGUAACUGCACUCUGA